AUGAAUAAUUUAGUUGGAAACUUUCAGAAAUAUAGAGUUUCAUAAAUGAAUUCAGAUCUUCCAUUCAUUUAAAAUAGAAAAUAAAUUAGAGCCAUUUCUUUAUAAUAAAUCUUUGAUAAAGUUAAAUAAAAUUCUCAAUAAGUUGAUUUUAAUCUUACUAACCUAAAUAAUUUUGAUAAUAAUCAUAAAAUCAAAUCCAAGAAGUAUUAAUUCAAUUAUAUUAGUCUGAAAUUUGAAAAUUAUCCAUAGACUGAAAGAUAGGAUAUUAAAUUAAGAUCUUAAUCUAUGACAAAUCGAUUAUAACGAUCAAAAGGAAGUGAAAUUAUGCUUACUUAAAUAGAUUCAAAGAAAUAUCGAAAUACAAAAUAAAUCUCACAAAUUACAUACAAUUCUGAUACUAAAAUUUAAAAAUAAGGAUUUCAUCUAAAAAAAAUUGAAAACAAUAUCUAGUUAAAUAAUGAUGUGAGUAGUUCUUUAUUCAAUUUAAAACAAAAUAAAUAAUGUGAGAGUGAUUAAAAAUUUAAUAAUCUCAUACAUUCAACAAACAAUUUAUUAAGUCAAAUAAGUGAAAAAGCUAAUUUUAAUAAAAUUCGCUUGGCCAAAUAAAAUGAUUUAAUUUAAAUCAAACCUGAAGGACCAUUACUAAGCUUUAGAUAAUUUGCAUAAUUGCAAGGGUUUAAAUUACCAACAUUUUUCCAAAAGUGA